AGUUUCUCUCCAAUUGCCUUCUGUCAGGCAGGCUACAGUAAAGCCCCAGUGGCUGUGGGCCUGGGCGUUCCCUUCUUUCUGCACCCCAAAACUCUCCCGAGUGACCUCAUCCAGGAGGCAGGAGUGAGGCCAGGACUGGCCCGUCUGGCUGGGGAGAGCCCUGCCUAAAAAGGAGAGGCUGUGCUGGGCCAGCCCAGGCCGAGCAUCCGCUGGGACUCAGGCAUGCCGAGAAUGUCUUCAGGCAAUAACUCUGCUCGACUUUGGAGUCUUUCCCCAAAUAUGGUGCGCAGCUUCAGCCACCGAGGAGGGGGAGGGGCAGUGAUGUCAGGGGCUGGAGGGCCGGGGCCUUUUAGCCCCUCCUGGGGCUGCAGAGUCCUGGCAGAGCAACAUCUGGGGAGCCUCGGAGCCACCAUAGCUACCCACCCUGCAGAUAUGGCAAACAAGGGGCCUUCCUUUGGGCUGAGCAGAGAUGUCCAGGCCAAGAUCGAGAAGAAAUACGAUGAUGAGCUGGAAGAGCGUCUGGUCGAGUGGGUGGUGGCCCAGUGUGGGAAUGAGGUGGGACGCCCAGAGCGAGGGAGGCUGGGCUUCCAAGUCUGGCUGAAGAACGGCAUUGUCCUCGGGAAGCUGAUCAACAGCCUUAACCCCAGCGGCUGCAAGCCUGUGAAGAUCCCAGACCCGCCUCCCAGCAUGGUCUUCAAGCAGAUGGAGCAGAUCUCCCACUUUCUGAAGGCAGCCGAGGACUCCGGGGUGGUGAAGACCGACAUGUUCCAGACGGUUGAUCUCUUUGAAGCCAAGGACAUGGCAGCUGUCCAGCGGACCCUCAUGGCCUUGGGCAACCUGGCCGUGACCAAGAACGACGGGAAUUACCAGGGGGACCCCUCGUGGUUCAUGAAGAAGGCCCAGGAGAACAAGCGGGACUUUUCCGACAGCCAGCUGAAGGAGGGCAAGAAUGUGAUCGGCUUACAGAUGGGCUCUAACAAAGGGGCAUCGCAGGCAGGCAUGACGGGCUACGGCCGACCUCGGCAGAUCAUCAGCUAAGCACAGUCCAGCUGCUGUGCUGUUCCUCCCCCCCCCCCCAAGCCGGCUGGUCUUCCCGCUCUUUGCUAACAGCCUGGCAAGCUCUGCCCCUCUGCUGCUGCCAGGGGUAUCCGCAGGGAACCUCCCCACCGUGCCCCCUAAGCAGUUCCCGGAAGGGGCACUGUGCCCAAAGACUUGUGCUGCUCCUGCAUAGCAACGGCCAGCCAGGCAGCCAACCUGCUCCAGAGCUGCCAGCCUCUGCAUGCUACCCGCUUCACCCACCCACCCACCCACUCACCACACCCUCCCGACCUGCUUUGGCCCUGGCACGAAUCCUGGGGCUGUCGGAAGGCUUCUCCCAACUGCAGAACCGAACUUGGCGGAAGGUGCGUGAGGAAAGGAGCCUCUCUUGACAAACUCUGCUAGGGGCGCAGAACAAAGCUAACUUUUGUACUUUUUUGGGAGUUAUUCAUUAGAUUAAAAACUGAAUCUUUUAGGUU